CUUGGUGAUAUUGAACAGUCUGCCAUCCUCGGUUACAACCCAAGUUUAAAGCAAGAAUACAUUGAUACACUUACAUCUUACCUGAGCCCAAUCCUCCAAUCUCGUUACACCGGAUGGAAGAAAUGUUACCAGGCGACUGUUGAUGACUGGGAGCCAUCAAGCUUUCGUGUCAAAUGCACAUAUAAAGGCCCCACUGUUACUUUAGUCCGUUAUGGCAACUACACCCUCGGUGGUUACACCAAGCUUAUUUGGAAAAGUGAGUACCAGCUUUUGUUGCCCUUGCUACGUCUUUGUCAAGUGCAUGCUGACACAUUUGUCACAAGACCCAAAGAGACGAUCACGUGUACGUAUCUGCUAGCUAUCUCGUUUUAUGCAACAAGGACGUAGGGCCUAUUUCCUCAACCAAAUGUUUCUCUGUUUAUUUGAUUUUUUUGGUGGAAUUAUAUAUGAGAUUAAGUUUGGGCCCCCCUAUCUUCUUGCUGCCAGAUUGUUAGCUACGGCCCUCAGCCCUUGGGUUUCAACGCAUCCAUGUCUGCGGUUGGGGAGGGGAGAGGCAUACUUUUGUGAUUAUAUGCAUAAUUAUAUGACGCAUGCGCAUGAGAGUAUAAGCCAGAAUAAUUACUUUCUGUCCCUACUGUCACCUAGAGGGCUAUUUUAGUACAUACUGAAGUUUCCAAAUUUAGUUUCUUCAUGAAGAAAAGAGUGGCAUGAUCCUUCUUUGGUCCUAGAAUUUGCAAUGUCCUUUGCUUUUAAAAUUGCCUUUUUUGGCUAAGCUUGUUUUUGUGUGCUUAUAUGCAGCUCAUAAAAGUGAUUUUACUAAUAUUUAGUGGUUGUUCAUUUUUUUUUUGCCGCAAGGUCCGUUUUGAUUACUCUUUUCUUUUUCACUUCCAAUUUCAUAUUGUUUGUGAUCCCUAGUAGCCUAAAAAGCGGGCAAACCCUUCCUUUCUACGACCUUUCCCAACUGAAAACUAGGCAAGUUCGAGUUAAUUGCACCCUCCAGAAUACCACCUAAUGUCUAUACGGCUAUUAGCAUUCUGAUCUGUUGCUUUGAGAGCAUAAAUCGUCUUUUAAAAUGCACAACAGGUCAUUACAGUAAACGGUAAUUCUUUUAGCACGCAGUGGUCCCUGUAAAUAUAACUUGAUAACAAGAAGAAUUUUUCAAUGUUGAUAGGUGUGUAUGGAUAUUCAAGUAGUUACAAAAAAGACUCAAAGGCAUUUCUUUUUACGUUAUACAACGCUGGGGGACACAAGCCGGAAAAACUGCCGAUAAAAUCUAGCACGUACGCAAUCUAUGACAGCUACUCUUACAAUCCGACAUUUGGUGGUGGACACGAUUUACGUGUUAUCAGAUCAUCUAUAUCUGUUAAUUGCCACUCGUACGCCUGCCCACAGCAUCCAUUCGCUUCGAAAACCUCCUUCUCUGCAAAUGAAGUCGAAGUAUUCUAUGAAUCAACUCUGACAGGUAUAUUAAAUUGAUUUCUUUUUGGUUUGAGAAUAGCUAAAUAAAUAACAAAUAAGGGAAAUUAUGAACCAUCAUUAUAGAAUUCAUCGUAAUCAUAAUAGCUUUGAUUGGCUUGAAUAAGCAAGUUAAUUUAAUUUUGAUGUCAACUUUCUAUGAACAGCUCGCUCAAAUCUGUGAAUAGCAAUUUUCGCGCGUUUUGAUUGGCUCCCGUAUAUCGUUGGCUAUUCACUGUUUUGCGACCGGAGCCAAGAUGGCGCCUCGUUUCGAGACAUUUUCGGAAGACGAAAUUUGACCGAUAAAUGAAACAGUCGUACAAACAAAUACCAAGAAAGCGACGAACUUUGGCUUGUCGGUGUUUAAUGGUAGGUAGAAAAUUAUUUUCAUGUUUAAUUUGCAGCAAAAUUGUAAAAAUGCACUUGACAGAAUCCCCGAAAUGUCUGUAAUAUGUAAACAAAGUUCCUAAUAAGUGACGUUUUUAAUUUACAAAAAGUUCCUUUUUUUAUUUUUAUCCAACUGAUCUGGUGAAUACUAAAACAACUAUCGCCCUCAGGGUCGGUGAACAGCGCCUCAUAUAUAUUGCUUCGACGCUGGGGAUAGUUGUAUACUAGAAUACAAAACGAAGUAUCGUGAUAUUUUUUCAUAAAAAAAUAUCAAGGUGACUUGGUGCUUCUAAAAGAAAAUAUAAUUUUCUUUCUUCGAAACUGGCCCACAAUACGAAUUAUCAGAAAACCGAAAAACAUAAAAAAUACAGGCAACUAUUUCAUUUCUGAUGGGGUAGGGGGAGGGUUUUUGGGUGAAUUUAGUGUUGCCUGAAUUAUUUUUUUCAACGCCUUCAUUCAUCAUGAAUUUUUUUUCUGGAGCAUUUUCUUGCAACAGAUGUUUUUUUUUUCUGCCUCCAACAUGGAGAAACUUACCACUAUUCAUUAUUAUUCCAUCCAGUUUCGACAACGUUCCCAUAUCUCGGAAAGAUUUCGUGUGGGGGUGGGGACUAAGCGCAGUAAAUUAUCGCCUGCUGUAUGAGAAUUUAAUGUUGUGCUAGAAAUAGAAAAUCCCGGACUAAAAAAAAUUGGACCUACGUAAGAAAACUUUCAAAGUUUUCAUUGGUCACGAAAUUCGGGGAUUUUAUAAUACAAUGCCUCCUCAACUGCACCACUGAAAAUUUAAGAAGAUCUAUCUACGGAAUUUUAGUUUUAUGGCCGUUUUUGUGAGAGUUGCCUUGAAAUUACAAUUGCGUUUUACCCUGAUUUACACGUUUUGGCACUUUUUUUAAAAUCGCUUAAGUCUUUUUGUGUUCAGCGGCUUGUAGAAUGUAUGAAGGCGAUGUCUUUUUUAUCUCAAAAUGUCGCUUUUUAGAUUUGUGUGAGAUUUCGAAGGAGAGAAGAAAAGCCCCCGAUGUAUAGGUAGGGGCUGAAAUUCGAUUUUAAGCUAAAACAAAUGCGACGUCAUUGUAAUAUCUAUUCUGGAUCCCCCAUAUUUAAAUAGUAUCAUAGUGUUAUCAGAUGUAGUCUGUGUGUAAUACAUGUGUUAUAAUGGUUUUACAAUAAAGAUCAAUUUGUUCAAAGUAUAAGAGAUCCAAACAUGGAAAGUGUGUCUACAAAAAUACUAGGUCGAGCCACUUAAAUGUAAGAUCUUUCAUCUAUAUGAGUGUUGUUGUUUUAAGAGGUUCCCUUCCAUUUUUCUUAGACUCUGAGACUAUUGAGGACUCGGCCAUCCUCAGUUCAAACUCCACUAUGAGGCAAACAUACAUCGACAAAUUGGCAUCAUACCUUGCUCCUGUCUUACAGUCUGGAUCUACUGGGUGGCGGAAAUGUUACCAGGCAACAGUUCAUGGCUGGGAUACCAAAAAUUUCCAUCUUAGGUGCAACUACAAGGGCCCCACGGUAACUAUUGUCCGCUUUGGGAAAUACAUCUUUGGUGCCUAUGCUAGCGUUUCGUGGCAAGGUAAGCUGACAGGAGAGAAUAAUUGAUGAUGUCUGAGUUAAACUUAAUUUAACGACGUUGAGUUGCGAAGCAUGAAAAAAGAACAACAACAACAUCAAGAACAAAGUAAAACUGAAAAAAACUAUUGCAGAAACAAAAAAGGGCCGGUUAUUUAAACCAAGUUUAGACAGUGUUUAUGAAUGUCACCUUCCAACCUAUGUUUAAACUAUGAAUUCCGAUUAUUUAAUGCCGUGCAAGUAGAGGUUUCUCCAGGCCGGACGCUAUACGCUACGAAGGGAGAGAAACCGCUGCGAGCAUCCGUCUGCUUCUUUGAUCGAGCCGCCGUCAAGCGCUAUGAACGAAUAAAUUAACUUUAAACAUGUAAAUCCUGUUAGGAAGCAAGUUUAGGCUCUCGCGCAUUUGCUUACGCUUACAAUUGCUGCCUUAACGCGAGCCUGCAGUAAAUAUACAGUAUUUCUUUGGAUUAUUUAUUCCUAUCUACUUACUUUGUCAAAUGUAGGCGAUUCCAAAUGGAGUUGAAUUCCAAGGGACCAUAUCCAAGUUCAAGAGCGAAAAGGAGAAUAAACUUCGUCGUUGCUUGUUUACGUUAUCCAUAAAACGCAAAAUUAGGCAUCUUCACGUCGUAGUCGGGCAAAAAUGGCAAAGAAAUGCAAAAAUAAAAGCGUGAUGCACGUGCAAAGUUGUUUUUUUGCUUAUUAAACCUAUUGUUUCGUUGAAGUUCUCGUUGCCGUCUUCUUGUUGGAUAUUCGUAGUCAUCACGUGGGCGCGCAUGCUCGAUGGAAAAGCAAACGGUUGCUCGCGGUGGUUCGAAGCGUAGUGUCCGGCCUGGAGAAACCACUGCUCGCAGGGUAAUUAUUUAAACGCUGUUCUUUCGUAACCUUGUUUAGACCGUGUCUUAGCACCGACUAAGAAACAAUAGAAAGGUAACAUUAAACUGCUCAAAGCUUUUCCUCCACUAGACUUUCUUGCUUAACGACUUUGUAACUCAUGUUCUUUUUGGAUUGAAGUUAACUUAGACUUCGUUUAAAUAAUCGGCCCAAGCAGUUUGAAUACCUUCUAAUUUCUUCCUGAGUUUUUUAAAGUUUAAAACAAGACCUGCAAGGUUUUAUCAAGGUUAAGAUAUAAAUUUGAGCGAGAAGUGCGAUACUUUUUAGACUUGAACAUCUUCAAAAUCUCGCCUUUUUUUUUCAGCGGUAUUGCUAUAGAAUGAAAUUCGCUUUUUAAAACGCGUUGUUUGGAAAUGAUAAACAAAUAAAGCAACUACGAUAACAACGGUUGUUGAGAAUAGUUCUUUAAAUUCCUUCAUUCCUUGUGCAGCUUUGAAGUACCCAGUUGAAGCGUCUAGUUACCUGUUGUCCGAAACAAAUUUCCAAAGUUAUAACGCUAUGAGAGCAAAAUAUGUUCCAUUAGUUGUCACUAAACCAAAUUGCGAUACGGCAUAGUUGGCAUCGAUUCCUUUUACUGAAUUACUGACUAAUAAGAGUCAUUUGUAACUCAUUUACCAAAUAAUGGUUCCUUAAUGCUUCAAAUAUAAUAAGUAGGAAAAAAAAUCUCGAAAGCUCUCGUAAGCGACUUGCCCUCCAUACUUUUGUUGUAUACAGUCGGUUAUGAGAGCCCAUUCUCGUAACAGACUUGACUCCAGAGGUAGUGACUUAGUGUCUAACAUAACCGAGCGAUUUCUCACGAUCAGAUCGGCCAAGGGCUUUUGAUGCGCGAUAAGAUUUUAUACAAUGAUGCGAACUACGCGCGCUGUGAUUGGUCGUUGCUCAUGAUCUAUUACAGUGCAUUAUACAUGGAUGGCGUCAAAGAAGUUUUGUUUAACCUGGCGCGCGGUUUUAAAAAUAUUUGUGAGAUUAUUUCGGAUUGAGCAAGUGAAAGCUUCGUUAAAGUUUAGCAGGAGCUAUUUCCAAAGAAGAAAAAUGAAGGAAUGGAGACAAAAAGAGCUCUUGACAACUGGAGGAUGCCUAAACUACAAGAAAUCCUCACAACAGUUGCCAUCGCGUGUCGUCGUUAAGAGAGAUCAGAUUCACAGUUUUGCAAAAUGUUUUCGCGAUCAUUCUACUUUGAGCAAGUGAAGGCGUUGGAAAGCUUUCCAUAGAAACUGUAUACAAGUAAGAUAAAGAAGAAAACCACAUUUUGACGUCAUAGAGUUAUCUGUUACUGAACAGACCCACUACAACAUGGAAUCUACAAAGAAAAGUGAAGAAAAAAAAAGGCAUACACAAACUUGUCUCGUACCGCUUUACUUUUCGAGGAUUUGUGCUAGUUAAAGUACAUUUUAAAAGUCCCAAAGUGGUUAAUUUUCGUCUUUGCUUCUUCUUUUCUAUUAUUUUGAUAAGUAGACCAUCCGUUGAAAUGACGUUAUGGUGGAGCAAUUUGUGUUUUUUCCUUGUAGCACGCUAUUUCCCGAGAACAACUGUAAUGGAAAGGGACAAAUCUGAAAGAGUUCUCCAUGGUCUUUACUGUUAUCAAAAUGUUUAAAGCUUUGCAGUGAAACCACGCACCUGCGGCUCGUGGUUCCACUUGAGUUUUGAUCUCAAAUAUUAGGGUUUCUUUUGCUGCACGUCGAGGACCUCCUCCCCCCUCCCCCCCUUGUAAAUGUGAUUUUAACUAUUAUAUGGUGUUUAUUUUGUAAUUUUUUUUUUCUUUCAAUUACAGGUAAAAUCUACGUUUCAUGUGGAUACAGAAAAGAUACUAAAUCCUUCCUUUUCACACUGCAUAACACUAAUGGCUACUACCCGGAGAAACUGGCAUUAACGAACAGCCAAUAUGCUAUCUAUGACUGCUAUUCAUACCCUCCUAGAUUUGGAUCGGAUUUAAGGUUGGAACCAACUAGUAGGACCUCAAGUAGUGGCUGUUACGCUUAUGCUUGUGCAAGCUACCCACUUAUCUCCCCAACUUCCUUCAAACCAGACGAAAUUGAAGUGUUCAAUGAAGAAGCUCCACCAGGUACGUCUAUGAAAAUGUUUCUGAUUUAUCCCUUAUUCAAAUGCAAUACUACCUUGUUAUUAUUAUUAUUAUUGUUAUUAUUAUUAUUAUUAUUAUUAUUAUCAUUAUCAUUAUUUAGUAUGGCCUGACCAUAAGUGGAUUUUUUUGUGUGUUACAGAUAGGACAGUUUAAAUUUAUAGGGGAUCAGAAGUAAAAUUGAUUAUAAUAGCUUAAUAUGUCAGUCUGAGUCCUUUUGCUCGUGUGAAAUAAAUUUCACAUAUCUAGUUUAAGAAGCUCAUCUACCUCGAGAAAAAUGCAAAGUUUAACAUUGCAAGCUUGCAAUUUCGACACACGAAUUAGAAAGGCCAACAAAAUCCAUUGCCAGGCCCCCCUAAAUGAAUACGUUAAGACAUGAUCUCUUGGCAAUAACCUGAUCUGAGAUCAGGCCCAAUUUUAGCAGUUCUCAUAAUAAUUACAUUCUCUCUUGCGUAGUCGCGCUAAAAUUGGGCGUGAUACAAAGUCUCUCACGCAUGUGCUUGCUGCGGGUAGAUUUUGGCCGAAACGCUAAUUAGCUGUUAUAUAUCAUAGGAUCUAAUUGGCUGUUGGAAUCACCGGAAGUUGAAAGCGCUUAUUCCUUGCGUGGCUGUAGCACUCAAAAAUCUUCGCGAAUGAUCCGCUGUCAGCGGAGAGAUAAGGAUUUUGCUGUCUUUUUUAUUGUUUUCGGUCUUGUGGCAGGAAAAUAUGCUUUAAUAUGUGCCAUGGAUAUUCAGAAAAUUCAGAUGGUUUUGCAUAUCUUCUCAGGAUUUGCUUAAUUCAGCAGUACGGAUCGCGGGGUCGAAUACCUCUGCGGGUUGUUAACCUCCGAGUGCAAGUCGGAAUACUAUCCAUAAUUGAAACUGGUUUCAUUUGUAGAAACUUUAGCCGGGUAUGAUUUCUCUAAACGGGGCUGCAAGCUGAGGCUCACUUCCGAAAGAAACCUCAAUCGCCAGCUGAAGAAUUAGACGCAUAUCUCAUCGCUGUUCAAGGAUUUUUUGUAGGCAUUAUUAUAUGCUAGUGCUGCUAGUCUUAACGUAACAGAAUAGAAAUUUUAGUACUGUUUAAAAAUCGAGCGCGCCAUGUAAGUCAACAUAUUAAAAUGAGAACAUCGUCUCGCCUUCUUUUUGAAAACUUUUUACCUUCUACGCCAACAGAAAUAACCUUCAAGAUCUCCUUUAAUCUCGCUAGAAGUUUACUGUGACUGCGCUGACUGUUUUAUUUUCAGUUGAAAAAAGUUUAAGGCAAAAGCUAAUUUUUUCCGUCAGCGAAUCUGCAUUUUUCUCACGUACGAAAACUUUGCACACUAAAAAAAGCAUGAAAAGGAAGUUAAUUUUGGUUAGCUGAUUCGGCAAAUGUCAAUCAAUUAAAAAAGACGGCGGCAGACGUUUCAAAGAAGGUUUGUAUCAGACUCUCAUUUCGUUUUGCGUCGCCCGCCGGAAUGUUAUUCACAGAGCGAAACCAUCUCAGGUUACUUGGUGAUCGAUCAAAGAGGCUGAUCGAAGGGGGAAAUAUGUCACGUGCAAUUUUUGCUAAAAUCGCAUUGAAUAAAUGUCAGUAGUAUAUGGGACCGAGUGAUCUGGGUUUUUUGGGUUGAAUCAACUUUUGUGUGAAUACAAUAAUAUUUACGAAGAUGACGUCAUGGUCUUGUGACUGUCUUUACCUCAUGAACAAGAUGCGGUCGAAUCUCAUUAAUCUAAGGUGAAGUGAUGGUUGUGAAGGAAAAACAAUUAAAAUUUAAAGUUUACUAGUUUCUGUAACUAUUCCGUGCUACCCUCUUUAAAUAAAGUGUAUUAUUAUUAUUACUAUUGUGGUGGUGGUGGAGGAAAAAAACAAUGAAAAUUGCUGUGGUGGUGGUAGUGGAGGACAAAAAGUGAAAAAUGAGGUGGACGAGGGGUAAAAACAAUAAAAAUGAGGAGGGGGAAAAACAAAAGAAAUGUGGUGGUGGUGGUGGUAUAUGGCUUCACUAUACACUAAACCGUGUUGAAAUGAAGGUUGAGACAUAAUUACUGUGGGGUCGAUGUAGAGCCGACAAUAUGCACGUGCUUCCCAUUCAAUAUAAAAAGCAGUAAUUAAAUCCACAAAAAACCGAAUAAUUCGGUGCCUUCUAUAUUACUUAUGUCAAAAUCCAUUACUUGAUGAAGUUUCCAGGAAGAAAUCGAAAGCUUGCGCUUAAGGUAAAAAAAAAAUGUAUAUAUAUUUUGAUUCGGACUUUUGUUAUAUUGCGCAGAGGACAUUGUUGAUUCGAAUAUUCUGAGCUGGGAUGCUGACAUGAGACAGACAUACAUCGACAAGUUGAUAUCCUACCUAGCCCCAGUCCUCACGUCUGGUUCAGUAGGAUGGAAAAAGUGUUACCAGGCAACAGUUCAUGGUUGGGACGCUGAAACCUUUCAUUACACUUGCAACAAGAAGGGUCCAACCGUUUGUAUUGUCCGGUAUGGGGACUACAUCUUUGGUGGUUACACUAGCAUUUCGUGGAAAGGUAAAUAAUAGUAUAGUUUUAUAGUCAUUUAGGACAACUAGGAUGAAAAAAAACGGGUUUGACACCAGAAAAAAAAAAAUUGAAAUAGUUUUAAUGAUAUUUUUGGCAAAAUCAUGGCAUUUUUUUUCUUCACUGGUUUCAUUUUCUUUUUCAUUUGUUUGUUUGUUUUUUGACGAAGUGCGCAGGUGCAUGAAUCUGUUGAUGUUCGUCACUUGAGCAAAGCCAAUCAAAAAGGUGAAAAAUUUCAGAGUCGUUGCCCGAUGGGUUUACCAGUUUGGAAAGUCACUUAUACAUUGCACCGUGUUGGAAUUAAAGCGUCUUUAGUUGCGCUGCAUGAGUGAAAGCGAUCCGAUGUGGAAGGAAGAAAAGAAAGCUCUGUUAUCAUUUUAAGGGGAGUGUUAAAAGUUGCCUGUCCAUGUAGCAACCUAAGGCAUACUCUGAGUUCGAAAUAAUCCUGUAACAAGACAAAUAUCAUAUCUAGAGGUACACAGAGAAUUGCUCAAAAAUGCUAUUUAAAAGUUAUACUGAAAGGAGCCACAGUAGUUAUCUACUGCAUUAAUAUGCUUUGGGCAGCAGCUACUUGUCUGAAUAAACUAUCCAUUUUCCCAGGUUAAGUCUGCAAGGUUCCUUAAAUACGUACUAAUAAAAGUGCUUUCAUGUAUUAUUUUUAACAGGUAUGCGUGGGGGUUUUUGUGGCUCCAGGAGUGAUAGUAAAGCGUUUCUGUUUACCCUGUAUAACACUAACGGUUCCUUUCCGGAGAAACUGGCAGUAACAAAUAACUACGCCGUCUAUGACUGUUACCCGUAUAUUGCGGUGUUUGGUAGUGGACAUGAUUUAAGGCUGUAUAACGGGAGAUAUAAUUCUACCAUUAGAUGUGGAUACUCCUACCCUUGCCCCCAGAAUUCAUUCCUUCCACAGACCUACUUUAUACCAAGUGAAAUCGAAGUAUUCUAUGAAGCAACUACGUAG